AUGGAAUAUUGUUCGAGUCAAUGUUUUCAUCGAGCAUUUUAUGCUGUUUUAAUUGGAAUAUCACCUAUUGUUAUAUGUCUGCUAUUAAUUGGUCUAAUUCGAAUUAUAUUACAUUGUCUUGAAACAGCUUAUUAUCGACGACAAAAGAUACAUGAUCGUGGUCGUUCAACAUCAGUUGUUUAUCAAAGUGGUCGUCCUACUCUUUUUUAUACGCCAGUAUCGAUUGCUGAACUACAACGUAUUAUUCAAGGUGAAUAUAAAAGUCAAUUACCAACUGAAUCAUCGUCAUCAAUUCCAAAUAAUGAUAAUGAUACUAUUACAGCAUCCAAAUUUAUGAAAUCAAUAUUAUCAAGACGUGAUUCACCAUCACCACCUUUAUCAAAUACUAUUGCGAAUCUUGUUAUUCGUCGUAAUGCUAUUAAUACAAUUCCAUUUACAGCAUUGUUUGCGUCUGUUUCUACACCGUCUACACCAAAAUUCGAUAUGAUUAAUGAGCAAAAUUCACGACGACCAAGUUUUACGCCUAUUAAACAUGAAUCAGUUGAAAGAACAACAUUAACAGCAAUAAAUAAUGAUCAUUAUCGUUUCAAUAGAUAUGAUUCAUCUGAAUCCGAACCAGUAGAAAGUGAUCCAUUAUUUAGACCACCACUGAGAACAAUGUCAUCUACAACCACAGCUAUUAUAGAAGAAUCUCGCGAAUUUUAUUCAGCUCAAUCAAUACCAUUUUCAUUAAAUUAA